AUGAGUAAGGAAGGAGGAGAACCACAAGAGGUCGACAUGAAAUUCUUCAUCAAGGCUGUUAAUGACCAAUUUAAAUUGCUGAAUGCGAGAUUGAAUGAUUUGGAGUCCUCUUCCAUUUCUAAAUCACAUAGAAGACAUGAGUUCGAUGAAGAAGACGAAGUUGAUUCCAAAGUGGUAAGGACAAGUUAUAAACGGGCCAAGAAGGUUGACUCCAAAGGAGAUAACAAUAUAGGUAGUAUAAAGAUGGAGAAGAAAGUAAAGCUAGCAGCCGUGGAGUUUACAGAUUAUGCAGGUAUAUGGUGGGAUCAAUUGGUGAUCAAUAGGCGUAGGAAUGGUGAGAGGCCUAUUCAGUUAUGGGAAGAGAUGACGUUGGUGAUGUGCAAGAGAUUUAUACCUAGCCAUUACUAUAGAGAUUUAUAUAGGAAGCUGAAAGGGCUGGUUCAAGGUUCCAUGAGUGUAGAGGAUUAUUAUAAGGAGAUAGAAAUCGCCAUGAUUAGAGCAAACAUAGAGGAAGAUAGAGAAGCAACAAUUGCUAGAUUCAUUGCCGGAUUGAACAAGAAGAUUGCUGACAUGGUUGAGUUGCAACAUUACGUAGAAAUGGAGGAGCUACUACACAAAGCCGUUGAAGUGGAGAAGCAAAUCAAGUCUAAAAGGUUUAGAUCUGGUUCGUCCUCUAGGUCUCUGUGGAGAUCAAAUUGGAAGGACAACAAAGCUGCCUUCAGAACAAAAGAAGAAGCAAAGUGUCAAGGAUUCGGACAUAUUACUUCCGAAUGCCCAAACAAAAAGGUUAUCGCUGUACGGGCAAAUGGAGAAGUCGAAAGUGCUAGCUCAAGUGACGAUGAGAUGCCACCAUUAGAGGAUUGUUCUAAUGUUAAAGUGGAAGAACCUGUGCAUGGUGACUUACUUGUUACAAGGAGAGCCCUGAGCAUACAGCCUAAGGAUGAAGGAGAUGAGGAGCAAAGUGAGCAUAUUUUUCACACAAGAUGCCACAUGAAGGAUAAGUGGAAGAAGCAUCCUAAACCGUACAAGCUACAAUGGCUGAAUGAUUGUGGAGAAGUGAAGGUAAACAAGCAAGUUCGGGUUCCUUUUUCAAUUGGCAAGUAUGAGGAUGGGGUUCUUUGUGAUGUGGCACUGAUUUAUGAAUUUGAGGACCUAUUUCCUGAGGAGAUUCCCCAUGGAUUANUUGAUGACCAAUUUAAAUUGCUGAAUGCGAGAUUGAAUGAUUUGGAGUCCUCUUCCACUUCUAAAUCACAUAGAAGACAUGAGUUCGAUGAAGAAGACGAAGUUGAUUCCGAAGUGGAGAGAACAAGCAGUAUAAAGAUGGCAAUUCCAACUUUUCAAGGAAGGAAUGAUCCUGAGCUAUACUUCGAGUGGGAAAGAAAGGUUGAGCACGUAUUUGAUUGUCAUAAUUACUUAGAGGAGAAGAAAGUAAAGCUAGUAGCCGUGGAGUUUACAGAUUAUGCAGGUAUAUGGUGGGAUCAAUUGGUGAUCAAUAGGCGCAGGAAUGGUGAGAGGCCUAUUCGGUUAUGGGAAGAGAUGAAGUUGGUGAUGCGCAAGAGAUUUAUACCUAGCCAUUACUAUAAAGAUUUGUAUAGGAAGUUGCAAGGGUUGGUUCAAGGUUCCAUGAGUGUAGAGGAUUAUUAUAAGGAGAUAGAAAUUGCCAUGAUUAGAGCAAACAUAGAGGAAGACAGAGAAGCAACAAUGGCUAGAUUCAUUGCCGAAUUGAACAAGGAGAUUGCUGACGUGGUUGAGUUGCAACAUUACGUAGAAAUAGAGGAGCUACUGCACAAAGCCGUUAAAGUGGAGAAGCAAUUCAAGUCCAAAAGGUUCAGAUCUGGUUCGUCCUCUAGGUCUCAAUGGAGAUCAAAUUGGAAGGACAACAAAGCUGCCUUCAGAACAAAAGAAGAAGCAAAGUUGAAGAAUUCGGUUGCUGUUCCUAAAGGUAAGCCCAAAACUAAAACUCUUACUAAGUCAUGUGAUAUUAAAUGUUUUAGGUGUCAAGGAUUCGGACAUAUUGCUUCCGACCCAAACAAAAAGGUUAUGGUUGUACGAGCAAAUGGAGAAGUCGAAAGUGCUAGCUCAAGUGACGAUGAGAUGCCACUAUUAGAGGAUAGUUCUGAUGUUAAAGUGGAAGAACCUGUGCAUGGUGACUUACUUGUUACAAGGAGAUCCCUGAGUAUACAUCCUAAGGAUGAAGGAGAUGAGGAGCAACGUGAGCAUAUUUUUCACACAAGAUGCCACAUGAAGGAUAAGGUAUGUACGUUGAUUAUUGAUAGUGGGAGUUGUACUAAUGUUGCUAGUACUUUGUUGGUAGAAAAGUUGAAUUUGAAGUGGAAGAAGCAUCCUAAACCGUACAAGCUACAACGGAUGAAUGACUGUGGAGAAGUGAAGGUAAACAAGCAAGUUCGGGUUCCUUUUUCAAUUAGCAAGUAUAAGGAUGGGGUUCUUUGUGAUGUGGUACCAAUAGCUAAUCCCAAGGAAAUGAAGGAGAUACAAAGGCAAGUGGAUGAGCUGUUGCAAAAGAGAUUUGUAAGGGAGAGUCUCAGCCCAUGUUCGAUUCCUUUCCUCUUAGUCCCAAAGAAAGAUGGAACAUGGCGCAUGUGUAUGGAUUGUCGAGCUAUUAACAAGAUAACGGUAAAGUAUAGACAUCCUAUCCCCAGAUUAGAUGAUAUGCUUGAUGAAUUGCAUGGCUCUCAAUUGUUUUCUAAAAUUGUAAAGAAUGGCUAUUAUCAUAUUCGCAUGAAAGAGACAGAUGAAUGGAAAACUGCAUUUAAAACUAAAUAUGGAUUGUAUGAGUGGUUAGUAAUGCCUUUCGGUUUAACUAAUACACCUAGUACAUUAAUGAGGUUAAUGAACCAUGUCUUGCGUGCUUUCAUAGGAAAAUUUGUGGUAGUUUACUUUGAUGAUAUUUUAGUUUAUAGCAAAAAUUUGGAUGAACAUGUGAAACACUUGCAUGCUGUGUUUAGUGUGUUAAGGGAGCACCAAUUGUAUGCUAAUCUUAAGAAGUGCAUGUUUUGCAUGGAAUCUGUUGUGUUUCUUGGAUUUGUUGUUAGUUCACAGGGUACUAGUGUUGAUGAAGAAAAGGUGAGGGCCAUAAGGGAUUGGCCUACACCUAAGAAUGCGAACGAGAAUGUUGUUUUUAAGUGGGAUGAUGUGCAUGAUCGGGCUUUCAAAACUUUGAAAGAUAAGCUAACUAAUGCACCUUUGUUGUCUAACUUUGAUAAAGCUUUUGAGAUAGAAUGUGAUGCAUCCAUGAUUGGAAUAGGAGCUGUUUUGAUGCAGGAUUCCAAACCAAUUGCUUAUUUUAGUGAAAAGCUAAGUUGGGCAGCGUUGAAUUAUCCUACUUACGACAAGGAGCUUUAUGCAUUAGUGAGAACUCUUCAAACAUGGCAGCAUUACUUGUGGCCGAGGGAAUUCAUCAUUCAUUCUGAUCAUAAGAGCUUGAAGUUCUUGAAGACCCAAGGUAAGCUUAAUAAAAGACAUACUAAGUGGUUGGAGUUCAUAGAAACGUUUCCUUACAUAAUCAAAUACAAGCAUGGGAAGGAAAACGUUAUGGCUGAUGCAUUGUCUAGGAGGUACGUAUUACUUACUUCAUUGCAAACUAAAUUNCAUAAGUUUGGGGGUUGUAAAAUGGUUGACACUUUGAUUAGUGGUUGA